AGGAUUCGAGCAACAACGUAAAAAUGGAGAACGAGGAGAGGGUAAUAAGAAGAGAGAACAAAUACCGAGGAAUUCGAAGACGGCCGUGGGGGAAGUACGCGGCGGAGAUUCGCGACCCCAACCGGAACGGAGCUCGUCUUUGGCUUGGCACGUUCGACACGGCGGAGGAGGCGGCGCGUGCGUACGACCGCGCCGCGUAUGCGUUCAGGGGCCACCAGGCCAUUCUUAACUUCCCCAACGAUGGGCAUUACGCUGGCGGUAAUGUAGUGCCGGCGGCGGCGGCUCCGGGACCAAGCUCCUCCACGCCACCGCCGCCACCGCCGCCGUCUACUUCUUCAGUUUAUGUGCCUUCAUUCUCUGUGACUAGGGAAGACUAUUAUGAGCGCGUGGGGGACAUGUCUGAGGAUAAGAUUAUUGAAUUUGAGUACUUGGAUAACAAUCUGCUCGAGGAUUUGCUUGGGUCACAAGUCAACAAAAGAUCAAAGCUUCGUUAGAAGAAGCAAAGAUUGAACUGAUGACAGAUUGAGACAAAUUGAGUUUCACUAGUGGCAGUGUAGUCUAUAAAUUUAGAUUUGUUAUUUAUUACGGUUGAAACUAGCUAAGAGAAUGUGGGUUUUCAAGUAGAUCGAAUUGUAUUGCUUGAUUUAAUUUGUUUCGAUCGUCUACGUGUUUGAUUCUUAUUGUGUUGUAAAUUCCAGGCAUGUAUUCAUACAUGUGAAACUUUCAGUAUUAUGGCAUUAUUAUCCCACAAGAACGUCUGUACCCAUGCAUACAUAAUGCAUGAAGUUUUCACUAUUAUAUUCAAUCAUUUUACAA